AUGGAGUCCCAGGGUAGGCUGGGAGAGGAGAUGCGGUGCAUCGGGGCCGGCGCACGCACCAAGAAAGUGGCCUUCCUGGGCAUCAAGGUGUAUGCGGUGGCGGUGUACGCCGAAGCCGAGAAGGCGGCCCGAGAGCUGGGCAUCCGAGCCAGGCAAGGAUCGAUGAGGGAAGGAGCGGUCGAAAUCCACCUGGUCCGGAAUGUGGAAGGCACCCAGUUCGUCGAGGCCCUGGCCGAGGCCUUAACGCCGCGGAUGCGCCUGUCUGGAGGUGGGGGCCAGCAACUGAGCAAGGGGUCCGUCAUCACCCUGCUCUACCGCACCGACGCCACGCUGGACAUCGCGCUUUCCUCCCCAGAGCGGCCUGCCGACCUGGCCGCCGCCCGGGCCAGUCUGUGCAUCAAGUCAGCCUCCCUGUGCAGGGCGCUGUUUGAGACCUUCCUGGGGGAGUCCAGCGUGGUGCCAGAGGCACGGGCGGUCUGGGCGGCCGGGGCUCGGCAGUUGCUGGCCUCAGAUGAAGUGCGCCGCGACACGAGGCGGGGGGGGAGCGGCUGA